GGAGCCUAAAAGGACGGAUUCUGUGCUCUUUCUUUCCAGCUGAUUUCCUCUGCUCUUCUUCUUCUGAUAAUCUUAUCGUUAAAUUAGGGUUUGGAAGUUCUUCGGUACGCAAUCCAAUACUUGCUUCCAUAACGCGGUCUGAUCUACUCCUGUCAAAGUCGGGACUCCAAUGGAACCGGAGAAGCCAAACGGCAGCACCGGCGGGGGUGGAGUGCCGCAUCCGUCCACCUUUCCUCCAUUUCUGACGAAAUGCUACGAUAUGGUGAACGAUCCCGCUACGGAUGACACUGUUUGCUGGGGCGAUAGUGAAAAUACCUUCAUCAUUAAAGAUCAGCACACUUUCUCACGGGAUCUUUUGCCCAAGUAUUUCAAGCAUAGUAAUAUCUCCAGCUUUAUCAGGCAACUCAAUACUUACGGCUUCAGGAAAGUUGAUCAUGACAAGUGGGUCUUUAAAAAUGAUGGAUUUGUAAAAGGCCAAAAGGUUCUAUUAAAAACUAUCACACGAAAGAAAUCACCCUACAACAAUAUUAAUCCGCAGCAACAAAUUCAAGGGAAACCAUCCUCUGUCAAAGCCGUUGAAGUUGGUCAAUUUGGUAUUGAGGAGGAAAUUGAAAGGCUCAAAAGAGAUAAGAAUCUUCUCAUGCAGGAGCUGGUAACAGUAAGGCAGCAUCAACAAAACACUGAUGCCGAACUAAAUGAUUUGAGGCAGCGUCUCCAAGUAAUGGAACUGAAUCAACAACAGAUGCUCUCAUUUCUCGCAAUGGCUGUACAGAGUCCUACUUUUUUAUCCCAACUGGUGCAGCAGAACAUAAACGGCCGAUGGAGGUCUGAGAUGAAUAAGAAGCGAAGGCUUCCUGCCUUAGAAGAUGGAUUAGGCUCAUCUGAUAAGCAGAUUAUAAAGUAUGAACCAUCUCUCAUGGAAGCAAUAGAGUUAAGUUCCGAUCCAUCAAAGAGUUCUCAGUCGGUUUGUAAUGGCAUUAAUGACUUGUGCGCUAAUGUGGAUCAUAUAUCCAUUGGGGAAGAAGACUCAUGCAAGUCUGCAGAAGGGGAAAAUAGUAUAGAUUUUUCAGAGUAUUUAGAGAAGCUUUUAAUAGAUAGUCCUAUAUUGGAGAAUAAUGGACAAACAGAGCCACUUUAUUUUGAUAUUCCUGACUUCAAUUUUGAUUUUGAUUUUCCAGUGCAGGAUGUAGAAAUGGAAGCAUCCCCAAAUACAGCUUCUUCAGGUGAAGUAUUACUGUAGAUUUUUUUAUUUUUUCUUUGUGUUGGUGUUUAUACACACAAGAUAGAAAACAGUCUCAAUAUAUAAUGUAGAUAUAUAUAUUUGUAUACCAUCUGAGGAUGGUUGCUUUGGUUUCUUGUUUUUGCUGAAGUUGAGUAAUGAAUAUAUAUUAGUGCAUUCUUUUUUUUUU